AUGCCGAGUCCCUCGAUCCCACGUCCAAAAUCAGCCCCCGACAUCAACAGUCCUCCUUCUCCCUCGAACUCCUUUCUACCUUCUUCAACUAAGUCCAUGCGCUCUUCUCGCUCAGCCGGCUCACCAAUCACUCCCUGGCAAAAGAAACUUGCUGACUACAUCGUAAAAAAGAAAAAUUCAAACCUAACUGCGCAGAAUCUCGAGGAGUUCAAUAAAAGUCUAGAGGCAAGAUAUUCUACCAGCAGUCCUUAUUACAAGGGACUAACAGACUUUUCCUUGGUAAUCAAUAGGGAAAAGUACUCGGGGUCAAGUCCUGGGAGAGAGAGUAAUGCAACAAGUUUCGUCAGUUCUGGUUCCAAAUCCAGUUUUGUCCUCAAGGUGCAAGAAUGGGGUUCUUCUUGCUUUACCAGCUCAAGAAAGCUCGAUAAGACAUCGUCAUCAUCAUCAUCGUUUGGUUCUUCUUCGACCAAGAGUUCCCAUGACAUUCGUGCAGCAAAAAUCAGAGAAACGGGCAUGAUGAUUACAAAAAUUAGAACCACAACAACAAAAGAUGAUCAUGAAUCAGACUCUGACAGGAAAAGAGUUACCUUUCAUUCCAUCAACAGCACAUAUGAUACUAUCACUUCAUCAACUAAGGAGAAGCCAUUGAGGGAGAGAGAUUCAGAAAAAUCAUCUGUGCCUACUGGAUUGCAUACAGGAUCAUUACCAUAUUCGCCACCACAACAAAUUCCUUCACAAGAACUAUCGUUGCCAGCUCCAAUACCGCUACCACGUGUACUCUUACCUGCACAACCACCAAUUUUGACUCCACCUUCAGCACUAACUCAAACUACUGAUGCUGAAGUGGUUUUCUUAAAGAAUAAGGAUACACGUACAACAGAAAAUGAGAGAAAAUAUGUAUGGGCAGACAAAUAUAGGCCUUCUUGCCUGCAAGAUUUUCUGUGCAAUCGGGAAAAAGCACUCUGGCUGCAGACAACAGUGAGAAAUUGGCAAUAUAGAACAGAAGAAUGUGGUCACUUAAUAUUUGAAGGACACCCAGGUGUGGGAAAGAAAACCAUGAUCUGGGCUUUGCUUAAAGAAGCCUUUGGAGCUGACAAAGUACAGGCUAGAGAAGAAUGCAAGGAAUUCAACUUGAAGGGAGAAGCAGUAGGUAGCAUCUUAGUAAAGUUGAUGGUAUCUACACAACACAUUGAAGUCAAUCUCUCUGAACUGAAAGGCUACGAGAAACAUAUCAUUGUCGAACUAAUCAAGGAGAAAAGUAGCGAGUCUGAUAAGUCUUUUCAGUGCAAUCAAGAGAACUGUAAAGUAAUCAUUCUACACGAGGCAGACAAGCUAUCUACUGAUGCCCUGAUAUACAUCAAAUGGGUAUUAGAGAGGUUUAAAGGGUGUAGUAAGGUAUUAUUUUGCUGCAGUGACAUCUCAAAACUACUGCCUGUAAAGUCACUUUGCACCGUUGUUCAACUUCUCGAACCUUCUAAUGAAGAGAUUGUUGAAGUUUUGGAAUUCAUAGCAAAACGAGAAUGCAUACAGCUACCCCAUCAGUUGGCCGUUAAGAUUGCUAACAGCUCCAAGAAUAACCUAAGACAAGCCAUACGCUCAUUUGAAGCUACCUGGCAAUUCAAUCCAUCCUUGAAGGAAGAUCAGGAUAUCAAGAUUGGAUGGGAAGAUAAAAUUGCGAAACUGGCAAAAAACAUAAUAGAAGAGCAAAGUCCCAUGCAGCUUUAUAAUAUCCGUGGAGAACUUCAAACUCUAAUAGAGCACAAAGUGGCUCCUGAGUUCAUAUUCAAAACCCUAGUGGAAGAACUGAAAAAGAAUGUCGACUACCACUUACAGCCAAAACUGGACAAUUUAUAUGAUGAGUACCAAAGACAUCAUAGGAGUAAGCAACUUAUGUCCUUUGCACAGAAUCAACAAGAGGAACUCGGCAAAAGACAAAAUGAUCCAAGAAAUAAUGUCCAUCAAUUCAUGAGGAUUGAAGAGUUUAUAGCAAAAUUCAUGACUUUGUACAAGGGCUUAAUUUUAAAGAACAAGAAGGUUGAAGCUACUUGA